UUGUCGUUGUCCUCCCAUCCAUUUCUCUUUCUCCCACUUUCUUCUUCUCCAGGUCUCACUUGCUUUCUAAUCAUUCGCACUUUCGCACUUUUACUUACGAUGCCCUCUACUGAUAUUCAGCUGACGCCUCCGGAAAUACGACAGAGCAUCUACCACAGAGCCAUCAUAGAUCUUCGCCACACCGUCGGCGUAGAAUAUGUGGCUUGGAUGGAAGAUACCGCAGCUCGGGUGUUUGAUCAAUUCGCUCUCUUAGAUACGACAAUCUUCCCUGAGACCUUUGGUCCCCGCGAUGAAGACCCUUUCAUUCGUUUUGGGGAAUGGCUUAAUGCUUCUUCACAGAACAAGUACCAUGUCCACGAUCAUUUUGAGACUCGUAAACAGUCUUUGGAAGCAGAUAAGAGGAUGAAAGACCGCUUGCGGCAGGAAGUAGUUAGUAGGCAUAAAGAAGCCAGAGCCAAGGGGCCAGCAGAAAGGAUGACAUUACGCGCAGUAGACCAGCCAUUUCCUUCUUAUCUUCAUUCCCAGGAUGUACUUAUGACUGCCACGGCAAUGCGCGAGACACCUUCUUUCGAUCAAGGAGGCAAUGUCGGUCCUAAAGAAUAUGCUGAUCUCGGUGAAGAAGGUGCUUUUCGUUUCCUAGUCAACCUUAAAAACCCAAUGCCAAAAGAGAGGAAGAUAGAGGAAGCAGACGCUUUACAUUUGCACCUAAACUUUGCAAAAAAAGAUUUGAAAAAAGCCGCUGAUAUGGUGAGGACAUUGGAGUACAAGCUGCAAAAUCCCUUGAGAGGUGCCGAUGGAACAUCACUUCAAAGUGCUAUAUGGGAUAAAUGGGAAAAGGAUACCAAAGCGAAGUUCCAGCAUUUGCCUGAACCUCUUUCUCCCAAGCUUUUUCCACGUUGUCUCACCAACCCAGGUCCUAACCAGCUGCACACAUUUAAAGACAUCGAGCAACUGGUAGCACCAACGGACGCCAGUGGCCUCAAACUUCCCAUACCUACAGGUGCCAUCACCCAAGGCUCGAAUCGAGGGUGGGCCAUGGAAGACAGUAACGAUUUUGUGGAAGAGGCAUUAAGCUUGAAAAACCUGGACGACUUCGAUGGUGUCCCUUUCCCACCUCUGACACCUAACAGUGUCAAUAAGUAUUCUCGUAUACGAGCUUCUGUAUCGCAGAGAUAUAAUCAGUUACCAAUGUCACCUCCUGCAACGGUCGAGCGAAAAUCAAAAAUGCCUUGGGACCAAGAUCCUCGUUUGGAGCUGCCUUUCAUGCCUGCUAGGGUAAAUUCUCCCUACAUGAACUCGGGUAGUAUCAAUGAUCUUUUCACACCGGUGGAGAAUCCGUCCCCGCCAACACAAGUCCGCUCUUUCGAAGUUAGAUCAGAGGCUGCUGUCCAAAGCUGCUCAUUCAAAGACGACGAUGAAGAUGUGGAUAGACCCUUUGAGGCUCGUAUCUUCUAUGAUUUACUUGCGAAUGAGGAUACACAAGUUCGCAUGAAUGGAAACGGUAGCCACGGAAAAGCUGAAGAAGAAGCUCUGGCUUAUGCCAUGGAAGAGCAGCUGGACACUUCUAAAACCAGUCACAUGCGAGUAUUAAAUAUAAAGUAUGAAGCUUACGGUGACCCUUCGAAUGACUUGCCGAAGUCCUUUUGUGAGCUACUGGAAAGCUCACGAAACAAGGGACUGGAGGCGGACAAACAGAUGUUCAUAAAGUACCCUGGGUUAAACACGGCUUUGGCUAGCGAGCUCCAUUGGAGCCCCUUUUCAACGACUAAUGACGCUGCGCUCAUUGAAAAUGGAGCAAAAGUCCCUCCUAUGGGAAAUGAUUUACCUCAAAGCUUAACCUUUCCACCUGCUGAUUUGCUUCCCCAGACCAUACCUCACCCAAGCGAAACGAGUCUGCGAAAAUUGGUUGAACGUUCACCCAAGAGUAUGACGCCGGCAAGGCCAAGAUGGUUGACCAUUCAAGAUGUGGACAAAUUACAGGAGCCUGCCGGGGAUGUCAAAUCAGGCGAGUCGCUCCUGGCGCCCUCACUGGCACUUACCUCAACUCCACGGAAAAAAAGGAAGGAAGUUCCACAAAGGGAUCCCGAUGAAGUGGAUGAAUUGUUUGAAGAUGGCUCGAAUUUACCACAAAAGCCAACAGCUGCUAAUGAUAGCCCGGAAAAAGCAAUGAGGGUGAAUUUGCGCAAGAAAACAAAGAUGAAGGAUGUCCUUCAGUCUAAUAAUCAGGAGGCAACGUUGAAUGAUAUCAUUGAUAUCAUAACUUCAAGGGGGGGAACUCGUGGCCAAGCAGUGAUCAGAAACAUUCAAGGGACAUCUUCGACACUGCUCGACGCGAUACCCCGAGACGACAAGUACGACCUGUCGACUAUCAAAGGCUUUUUGCAUCUUCAAAAACUAGAUCAUCUACUCACAGAGGAGCAAGAACCCACCUAUAAAUUCCCUUCAAACCAGAGCCUCUCACCGAUAUUCGAGGAAAAGGAGCCGAUGGAUUGGAGAUUAGAUCCUCUCUUAACCAAUCCUGAAUGGUUUAUCCAGACAAGCGCAGCGCAAACACAAUCAUUCGAGACGCCCAUGCCCAUAAUGGCGGCUGUGAGCCUUUUCCAAAACCGACCCCUCAUCCGAAUGCUUGAAUCCAGAGGUUUUUGCUUGCUUGACAGUUUUCCGUCAUUACAAGGAGCUGACCUUGUGAUAUCUCCUACCAUUGCUCUUGUUUUCAGACCUCUAUCUUCAUUACCUGAUAUUCAUGUCGGACUCCUCGAAGAGCUCAAACUUGUGGCCACAUAUUACCAGCGGGUAAUUUUGGUGUUUGAAACAAUCUCGUAUGCUGCCUCAGAACGAUACGCAGUAGCAAGUAACAAUUUUAACCCACUCGGGACAGCCGUAAUUCAUGCCUUGGGAUCUCUCAGCAGGGGUAAAAAGGCUGCCUGGAGUAUGAACGAUAUCAUCGGUGAGCUGGAUAUUGUGUUUGCGUACAAAGGGGCAGGAGAGAUAGCCGAUAGUGUGUCAAAAGUUUUGCGAGAAGACGAGGAACGGCUCAGAGAGAAUAUGGGAGAAGAGGGUUAUUUGCAAUAUAAAGGACGGGAAUGGAUUGGCCACGAGCCUAUCGUAGAACAUGAAAAUACUAUGGUGGAAAUGUUUGGUAUUAACACAUUCGGCGCGCGAUACGCUCUCGCCGCCUAUGGUGGUGCAGAAAGGCUAGCUUAUGAGAUGACUGAAGACGAGCGUAUGGAGCAACUAGGACCCAUAUGGGGUCAAAUUACUACUGCUAGAUUCAACGAUAUAUUGAGAGAAAUGCUAGACGGCUCAAAGGACGUCGACUUCUGAUAAAUAUUGAUCAAAAUGAUCAGAGAUUUGAGGGUGACACGCAGGCCAUGUUGAAUUUGCUUCCAAGCAACCAUCUCAUGUAUAUUUGAGAAGUCUGUCAUGAAUUACUAUAUAUUAUGACCGCACCAAAGCUGUCGAUGAACCAUGAGGCAUAAAAUUUCAACUACAUAUUUGGACACUGCUAUUAGAUCUUCUUAUAUAUAAAGAUGCG